ACUACAUUUUCUUGCUUUGACAGGUAUGCCAUACAUGUCUUUAUCCUGGUGUUGGCUUGUUAUGGAAUUUUGAUCAAAUCCAGUGUAAACGGUGUUCACAGAUAUACUAUGAUUGCAUCAGUAGGAUACCUCAUUGUUUGCCAAGUGAGCAGAGCCUUCAUAUUCGACUAUGGCAUCUUGUCCACGGAUUUCUCAGGCCCUUUGAUGAUAAUAACACAGAAGGUCACUACUCUUGCCUUUCAGGUACAUGAUGGUAUGUGUCGAAAGCAAGAAGAACUUAAAGAUGAUCAGAGACGUCUGGCUGUACACUCUAAGCCAUCACUGUUGGAGUACCUAAGCUAUAAUAUUAAUUUUCUGAGUGUCUUGGUGGGACCCUGCAGUAUCUAUAAAGACUACAUAGAGUUUAUAGAGGGCCAGCAUGUCCAGCACAGGCUGAAAAGAGUGAAAGACAUCAGCUCUCAGCAGAAUGGCUGGGAUAAAGUGCCUGAACCAUCGCCUGUGAGGGCUGUGAUUAAUAAGCUUCUUGUGUGCGCGUGCUGUCUGCUCUGGUUCUUCAUCAUCACAAAAGCAUUCCCCAUAACAUACAAUGUGGAUCCACAAUUCAUCAGCGAGGCCUCUUUCAUUACAAGAUUGGCCUAUGCCUUAAUUUCUGUCCAAGCAGCCAGACCCAAGUUCUACUUCGCAUGGACCCUCGCGGAUGCCAUCCAUAAUGCAGCGGGGUAUGGAGUCAGUGGUGUGAAUGAAAGGGGAGAAGUGUCCUGGGACCUCAUCUCCAAUGUUCGCAUCUGGGAGAUUGAGACAGCGACAAGUUUUAAAUCAUUCAUUGACAACUGGAAUAUACAGACUUCUCUUUGGCUAAAAAGUGUAUGUUAUGAUCGAGCACCAUAUUACCGCAUGCCACUCACGUUUGUGCUGUCGGCCAUCUGGCAUGGAGUUUACCCAGGAUACUACUUUACAUUCAUCACCGCUAUACCCAUCACCUUAGCAGCUCGCUCUGUGCGCAGAAACUUCCGGGAAUUUUUCUUGUCCUCUCCACUGCUCAAGAUCUGCUAUGAUGUUGUGACCUGGGCUGCCACUCAGCUGACUGUCUGCUACAUUGUAAUGCCCUUCCUUCUACUUGCAGUGGAACCAACCUUGCAGUAUUACAGAUCAAUGUACUUUCAUGUGCAUGUCAUCAGCAUUCUGGCUAUGAUUCUUCUGCCCAGCAAACCCAGUUGCUUCAAGUCUGAAAUUCAUGCCCUGCACUUCAACAAUAAUGUGAAGGAGGACUAAACCCUUCUGACCCUUCUGUUGUGUGUGUGUGUGUGUGUGUGUGUGUGUGUGUGUGUGUGUGAACUGGGAGAGCAGAGGCACUGAGAGACAAAAGCUACUUUGUGUGAAUAAACACACACACACGUUUGUUUUUGUGAAAAGUGAGCACAUCCCAUAGGCGUAAUGGUUUUUAUACUGUAUAAACUGUAUGAUUUAUAAGCAUUUUGAAAAAUGGGGACAUGGGUUAUGUCCUCAUAAGUCACCCUCUCCUUGUAAUAUCUGUGUCAUAACCACCAUUAUAAAGAGUUGUGUCCUGAUAUGUCACAAAAACAAGAGCACACACAUACACACACACACACACACACACACACACACACAAUACCCAGGCCACAACUGAGCUUUAUACAAGUGUACACAGCCAGGGAUACAGUCCAUUUAAUCAAAAACACACUUAAUCAAAAGCAGCUUGAGAAAGUUUUUACAAGAACUGAUAAGAGCACACAAAGUUUGAUUUAUGCUGUACAUGGUAUAUGACAUAAGGAGGCAAGUAUCUGUUUUUGUCAGUUAAUGAAUGCUGCUCAUUUAAGGGUAUUUUAAAAUAGUUGAACACUGUAUUUUAUCUUAGUUUGUCAUGUUAAGACAUCAAUUUUGUGAAAUUACAGUGUAGUAAAUACAUAAUGGCUAUAAAUAAUGAAUUAAAACACUACUGCAAAUAUUAACUGAAGAAUAAUCAAAUUAGAAUAAUCAAAUGUGUUAUGAAUUGUGAUACCUGAAUAAAUGUUAUAGGUUUUUGAAUGAAUUAAUGGGCACUGUAUGUACACAUUCCCAAGUUUUUUUUUUUUUUUUUUUUUUUUUCUAAAACCCUUUUUUCUAAAACCCUGGCAAACAGAAUAUGUUUUGACUUGGGAAAGUAAGCAAGGUCACAGUCAUACAAGCCUACAUUGAACAACAUCAGGAGUAUCAGGCCCUUCCUAAUUGAGCAUGCUACACAAAUGUGCCUCGCUGGUGGCAUCUUCCUGUAACACCUGGACAAAUCAGUGACACAAUUAUUUGUUCUAUUUAACACCCCUACCCCCAACCAACAUUCAAGAAAUAAGGUUCUCUGGAACUCUUUUCCUGAAAUUAAAAUAACCCCAAAAGGACAGAUCAGACCUCUGGUUAUCACAACUAGAUAAGCUUUACAACUCAGUGGUAUUCAGAGAGUUUUACUCACUUAAUUCACUUUGAAUAGACGCAUUCUGACCAUAGGACUGCAUGCCACGAACCCCUAAACUGAACGUUUUCAGCAGUUAUUUGUGUUUGUGCCCUGGUGUUUCUGGUUUCUGGACAAAAACCUGACUUUUUUGUGCAUGGUAGUUUUCCAGUUUGCUCACUAAUGCGAUUAACUCCCAGACGCCAACAGAAAUGUUUACUCACUCACCGGUAAACCCACGUACAUUCCUGUGCACACAAGAAGUAAAGUCCCAACAAAAUCCAGGGUACAAAAAUAAGUCUCUGUCAGAAGGAGAUGCAUAAACGAGAACACAAGUGUACUAUUUAUGGAGGCUAUAUCUUUAACACCAAGCAUUUCUGCAGACUCUGUUGAUAUUCUCCUUGAUUUCAAAAGUUAAGAAUGUUAUUGAUGAUAUUGUUCUUAUAAUAGUCAGUAAGAAAACAAACAGACAGAAAUCAGUCUGGAGAAGAUCAACAGCAGUUCAGAAAAGACAAUGUAGAAAAGCAGAGUGGAUGUGGCAGAAGACAAAACUUGUAAUCCACUAUAUCAUCUAUUAAGACAGCCUUCAUACUUUAACGUGAAACUAGCCACAGCUAGACAGAAUUUCUUCUCAAACCCUAUAAACAGUAACUUUAAUAACACUUGUACUCUUUUUGCCACUGUUGAGAGACUGACAAACCCCCCCAAGUCAGAUUCCCAAUGAAAAGCUCUCAGACAGCAAAUGCAAUGAGCUUGCAUCCUUCUUUUCUGAGAAGGAAGGUGAUUAGCACAUCCUCAAGUAAUGCAAAGGUCAGACAGAUUAGGCCACAAUAUCAAAAAGAUACUAUGUCUAUUUUUGAGGCAAUUGAUAGCAAAAUUCUGGAAGACAGUGCAGCACCUAAA